GUUGUGCAUUCGGCCAGAGCUGACGUGAACACGGAGCAAAGAGAGCGUGCGAGCGAGAGCGAGAGAGAGUGAACUAGACAAUACGAAAGAAUUGAGCAACUAGCGAACUGACGACGGUUAUUUAUUUUUUUUGGUCGAUCCACUGCAAACUUUUGAGUGAGUCUUGGCGCGCCAAGUGGAAUUCAAAUCGUCGCCCUGACGACGACUGACUGCAUCUGACUGUUCGAUUGCCGCAGGAGGCGGAAGAGGAGGAGGAGGAGGAGGAGUGGCACAAGUGAUUUUCAAGAAGCCGUCGUCGAGUGGACGCAUCGCGCUCUCCACACGUCAAUUUCGCCGGUAGCCCAAAUAAACGAGUGUCAAUUUAAUUCGCGACGGCCAAUUAGCCAAGUCUGUUAAUGGCCCUGUACCAUCAUUAUUAUUAUGUGUAAUAAUUUUUUAGUUAAACGCCAAACAACAGUUAUUUCGUUUGAUAAAUGGUCGCGCGUUAAAUGUUGUUAAUUUCUGUUUGAUAACAACUUUUCGUUUUCGUUUCUUUUUUAUGCUUUUUUUUUUGGUUUUUGAUAAUUUGCAAACACGACAUGAAUUACGAUUUACAAUUUGAAUAAUACAAAACAAAUAUUUUCGAUAAUUCUGUGCUCACUUUUUGCCCAAAACACAACAAAGAAUAUUUUUGUGUGUGUGCGUGUGUGUGUGUGUGUGUAUUGUGAUGUGUUUUUGGCUCAACCUGUUUUAGAUCUGGUAUCCCGAGCCAAGUCGAAUUCCAUCCACACAUUGAGUGCCCCCAAUUGACGCUGGGCUGCGUCAUGUUGUUGUUGUUGCCGCUGCCUAUGCAAUAUGUAGAGCAGCAGCAACAAGUGUUGGCCAAGAGUGACAGCUGCAUUGAAAAGCGUCUAAAAGGCUGCCUGAAAUUCAUCUAAUUUACCCAAGGGAAACAACAACAACCGCAACAACAGCGACAACAGACGCGAAUCUGUCUAUAGCCAGAAGCAAUUAGAACGAACAAAGGCACAUUGAAGACAAGACCUGAGGAGAGGCGAGAAAAUCAGCUAACAAAUUGUUGCUGGUAUUUGCAACAACAAUCACAAUCACAACUACAACUAUAACAACAACAACAAGAUCACAAACAAGUGUUGCCGUUUCAGCAAAUGCAAAACAACCAUUCUGUGAUAUCUUAAGAUCCAAAGAUGACAUCUUUAACCUUGCACUUGAUAGUGAUAGCUCUGCUGGCCGUGGCAGCAGCCGCAGCAGCUGCAGUCGCCGUGGCAGCAGAGGGCGAUGCGGCAACGCGUCCCGUUGCGCCGCGCGGCAGAGGCGCGACCAACUAUGCGAGCGCCUCCUCGACGACCAGCACGCAGGCGCCAACGCUGCGAGCGCCGCGCCAACGGCGGCCGCCCACGACGCUGCCCAUCGACAAUGGCCAUGGGCGUCGCGGUGGCAGCGCCGGCAGCACCACGCCUCUGCCGCCAGCAACGGUGCGGCAGCAGCGACGUCGUGCCACAACAACGGCAACAACAACAACAACGACGACGACGAUGGCCCCAGCCUCAGCUGACAGCAAUGGGCGUGGUCGCAGCCGCAGCAGCUUCAGAGGCGCCCGCCAGCCACGUGACACGCCCACGCCCAGCGCAUCAGAGUCAUUCAGCCCGAGCAGCGCCAGCGGCUGGCCUCAGUCGCAUCAGUCGCAUCAGUCGCUCUCGUCGCUGUCCUCCAGGCCAGGCGCUGUCUCGCGCAGCGGCCCCAAUCCCAACAAAACGCCGCGCAUGAUCCAGCGCUUGGUGGCUGGUCACAUUCACAAUGCGCAGGGCCAUUCCACCUAUGAGGUGUCUGCGGUGAGCGCCAACAGCAGCAGGAGCAUUGCAAUAGCAACCACAGCGCCAACAGCGGCAACAACUACCACAACAACAACAACAACAACAACGACGACGACAACAACAACAACCCCCAGCCCAGUCACGAGAAAAUCAACAACAACAGCCGCAACGAAACGACGCAAGGCCAGCAGCACUUAUCGCCUGGCUAAGCCAUCGCCAUCGCCGUCGACGCCGCCAGAGCGGGAGCAGGAUGACGACGAGGCGCUGCUCAGUGAGCCGGAUGACUUCGAUAACUGGGACAAUGGCAUACUGCGCUUGAGCGCCGGCUCCGGCAAGGAGGCGGAGUCGGCCAGUGGCAAGGGUCAAGGCAAACAGGGUAAGGAGGACGCGAAGAAGACUCUGGCGGAUCAGGUGCGCGAUGGGAAGUACGGCUUGAUUGAGAAGGAGCUCUUUCGUCGCGUGCCCAAGCGUCCGGGCGUGCUGAGCUACGCACGCAAUCCGGAGGUGCCACAGGACAACGAGCGCAACUUUGGCGGACUCAAUGAGCAGGACAUUUGGCUGGCCGAGGAUCAUUUGCUGGUGAUCAAGGGCGGCGGCCUGAAUGAGGCCGAGCUCAAUGGUGGCGACAGCGAGCCGUGGCCAGCCAUUGAUGAUUACGAUGCGCCGCCGCGCCAAAUCAAGCUGCCGGCGAAUCCGGUGGUGCCGCCUCCAUUUCCCGUGCAGCUCGAGCCGCAUGGGCCACUGCAAAUUAUCCGAGAUAAUCAAAUCGAGAGCCUCCAUACGCCAGCUGUCAAUGCAACGUUAUCCGCUGUGGGCCAGCACGCGGCCUACGGCCAGGGCCAUGGAGCUGCCCACGUCCAGGGGUCGCAUCCUGCUGCCCGGCCGGGAGCGUAUGCGUCGCCUAAGACAGCUGACCCGGAGCCCAGCUACGUCUACCCGACGCCCUACGCGCCCUGGCUGCUCUAUAACAACGAGACGCCGGCCGAGCAACCGCCGUCCCAUCCACAUCCCAGUCCGACUCCCAACGCGGUGCUAAGGAGUCCGCUGCUCGGGCCCUGGCUCAUCAAUGGACUCCACGCGAAUGGCAGCGUCUCUGCUCCAGGCGCGCUGCACGCCAACAUCAGCGACUUUGACGAGGAUGAUCCCUCGCUCUACUAUCCGCCUGCUUACAGCUUUGUCUACCGCAGCAACUACACGAAUCCGGUGCCGCCGGGACCGUUGGUGCCCGGCAUUGUGCUACCCCCGCCGCCAGAUCACUUUACCCUCCUGGAGGCGACGACCACGUCGACAACAACGCGACGUCCGUAUAGCAGCACAACAAGCACUACGCCUAGCACUACCAGCACCACCACCAGCAGCAGCACCACUAGCACAACCACCACGCGAGCUCCGUCACGCCUGUCGGUGAAGUACAAUGCCAUCGGAUAUCUGCCGCCCGCACCACGACACCAGCAACACCAGCAACAGCAGCAACAGCCGCAACAGCCUCAACAGCAGCAGCAGCAGCAGCCGCCGAACAAGUACGUCGAGCGUGUGCCGGUGCCCGUGGCGGUGCCGAUACCCAUUUACCCCAUCAACUAUCAGCCAACAACGCCACGCCCACAGCCGCCCGCCCAGCUGGUGUUUGUGCCCAGCACAGAGCGGUCCAACGAAAGGGUGAAAGAGGAACGGGGCAGGGAACGGGAACGAGAUAGGGAUCGGGAUCGGGAUCGCGAGCAGGCGCCGUUGUCUAAAUCGAAUCCCAUAUACUAUGAGUACUUCGAGGCCAAGCGCCAGCCAUCCUCACUCAAGUCGAAUGUGAUCAAUGACUUCCUGGCCACAAAGCCACCCAAGCGACCGCACUACAAGUCUCCGCCGAGUCCCGUGAACGACGUGGCCGUGGUUAGUAUUACGCCCAAGCCACGUGUCCAAGUGCACUCGGAGUACGACGCGGCGCUGGGUCAGCUGCUCAGAAGCAACCUCAUUUCCGCACCAGCGACGUCCCGCUUCCAGCCGCCCGACUUCGACAGGCAGCCCUUCCUGCCCAUGGUCAACUACAGCGCCGACGAGCAGGACCAAAACGCCUUCAAGGCCAUCGUCUACCAGCCGCAGCCGCAACGCCAGCGUCAGCUGCGCGUGGGCAAGCACCAGCAGCUGCAGCUGCAGCUGGAGCCGACCAUACAGCCGGGCCAGGAGCAGGACUCCUCCUACCUGCCAGACUCGCUCCUGCUGCAGCGCCAGCGCCAACUGAGAGUCGGCAAGCAGCAGCUACAGCUGCAGCUGCAGUCGCCAUCGCCGUCGCCCUUGCCCUACGAUAGCCAGCAGGGCGUGUACAGCACGCCCCUGCCGCCAUCCUACUUGGACAAUCAGUUGCAGCCACGUCCGGCCAAGUACCAGCUGCGUCCGCCCUCACCGGCUCCACUGCAGUACUGGCAGCGUCCCGCGCCUCCGCCCCCGCCGCCGCCACCGCCGCAGUUCAAGCGUUUGCGCCACGGCAACGCGAAGCAUCCCUAUCCGCCGUACUUUGUGCCCAGUUACCCGAGCGGCCCCGGACCGGAGCCCCUCUACCGCCUGCUGCCCGUGCCGCAGCACAAGCACUGGCGCCAGAGCAACAAACACCAGCACCAGCAGCACCAGCAGCAGCAGCAACAGAUUCAAGUCCAGCCCCAGCAGCAACAGCAGUACUAUCCGGACCGUAACGUCAACAUUGGCCACAGCCUGGCCAGCGACAUCUUGGUCAACUACAACACCAACAAUCAGUUCAAUCCGCAGGCGGAGCUGGUGCCCCAGGCGCAGCUGGGCCCGCCGCCGCUCUCCUACCAGGCGCAGAACGGGGGCCAGGCUUCGCUGUGGUCCGACCGGCCCGUGCGACAGUCGCGCGCCCAGCUGCAGGAGCAGGCCUAGGCCCAGGAGGUGGACCCGAAAGCUUGCUGUUCAAAUGUGAUCUAAAGUAAAAGCCGUUGGUGGGGGCCAAGUUGAGCCAGUUCUCAGUCGAGGGAACUAGUAGAUGAAAUAGUCAAUGAUUCAUUCACACACAGUCUCAGUCUCGGUUUGAGUUGCUCCGACUCCGAUUCUGGUUCCGAUUUCCCAAAACUUCAUUCAAAUCAACAACAAAUCGAUAGCAUACGUUACAUUACCCAGCCCUGGCAGCCAACAACAACUCAACUUGAUAUUGAAUAUUUUAAAUACAGUUGGUCACAUCUGUUUCUUAUUUAGCUAUCCAAUAAAAUAUGCAAGAAAGUUUGUGUACUUAAGCUAUACAUAUAUAUUAAUAUAUCAUAUAAAUCAUAACUAUAUUGCAUAUAUAUAUAUAUACAUAUAUAUUUGCGAAAGCAAAUGUAUUCCAUACUGAUAAAAAAAAAACCUGGUGUAAAUAUAUUAAGGAUAUGACUUGUACGAUUUGUGUAUGCCAAAUAAGCGAGAGAAAUGCGUUAUUUGGGUGCUACACAGAAUUUAGUCUUAGGCAACAGGAGGAGCACAGAAAAUAACCCUGACUACUGUUAUUUUUGCAACUAUCCUGCUUAUAAACUUACUACACAAAUUUACUUAACAAUUUUUUUUUUUUUAUUUAUUUAAAUAAGGCGACCAUUUUCGAGUGUUUUUCAAAUUCCAGAAUGCAAAACUCCGCACAAAUUUGUAUAAAAGCCAUAAUAAUAAGUUCACUAUAAAUUAAUUUAAUGCACAUAAGCAAGCAAGUAACUUCCAAUUAUAUAUAUAAAUAGCAUAUAUACAUAUACACAUAUAUAUUUUAUAUACAUUUUUUUUUUUUUUUGGUUUUCUAUAACAAAAUGAUUUACAAAUAAGUGUAGCCGAAAAUCAUAUU